UUACGUACGAGCUUUGAAGUGGUGGCGGGUGGAGAAAUCAACACCAACGAAACAAAACAGAAAAGAAAAAUGCUUUCUUUUUUUUUUCAGCUGUAAUUCUUCAAAUAGAAAGUUCAUCAAUUUGAUAUUUGUAAACACAUUGGAAUAUAAAUACAUAGACAUUUAAAAAAAUAAUAAUAUAAUAUAUUGUUGAUAGCAAGUUGAAGCGGCGGAAACUAGCGGAAUUAGCCGAACGUUAGUUGGGUGAUGGCGUCGUUUGGUGGUGGUCCUUAUGAACGACCAACGCUAAAACUCCAUUGACACGGGAUCUCGGGAGAAAGCUGGUGUCAUGUCGUGACUAAUCUCACCACAUUCAUAUUACACGGAUUGCCAUCUUAAGGAUCAUAGCAGCAUCCAAGAUGGAUAUCGUUGAUCUGGAUAAAGUUUUAGAUGACUUUGAAGAAGAUGAAGAGAAAGCGUCUGCAUUGGUGCCAAGUUGUGAAAACAAGCUGAGUGGUUAUGAUCAGUACUUACCGACUCAGCCGGACAGUCAUUGGCAGUUGUACAGUAGAGGUUUUGGUUCUAUCAGUGGUUCUCACCAAAUAGUCGAUCAGCCUGCCUCCUCGGGCCCUACCAACAUUGCCUAUGAUAUGCCUUAUGAAGCUGCCCAUAAAUUUGACAUUGCAGAAGCUAAUUUUUCUGUCUUUCAAAAAGAAUGCAACCUUCAGACGCCAACUUCUGUUGUGUCCGUUCAUAAUGAACAAAAACUCAAUUUUCAGAAUGGUUUAAAUGCAAACAUUACGUCGUCUUCAAUAGAAAUAAGUAACGAGAAAUUUGAAAAUGGAAGUGAGGUGAAAGAGAAAACUAGUCAAGAUUUACAAGAUAAACGACCUUUUCAAGAAACUCAGCCCCUUGAACUUACAACUCCUCUUGAUGACAUUAUUAUAAAAACAGAGGCGUUUAUACCACGCCGUGUGAAUUUGAAUUUGGCAAAAAGCCGUGAAAAUGACCAGUCAUGUAUGAAAUCGGAAAUUGGUAAAAAAACCUCAGCUAAUGAUCUGGAUGCAAAGAAUGAAAUGUCUGUGGUAGAAGACUCUGUUGAAUGUGUUGCUAUUUGUGAUAAACAAUGUCUAGAGAAUGCUUCUGUAACAAGCAGCCAAACAGACACUGUUACUGGUGUUAAAGACGACGGAUCCGUUGGUAGCAGUGUCUGGACUGCAUCCGACCGUAAUGAACUAUCAAACUCUCAGGAAGAACCCAUGUAUGAAAAUAACGAUAUUGUGAUAAGAAAAGUUGAGGAUAUGUCUGCAGUGUGCUUGAACAAUUUGUCUGAUUCCAUGCAGAACAGUCAAGAAAACCUGCCUGAUAUGGACAUAACUGAACCCAAUGCCUUGCCCAGUCAGAAUUUGAGUUAUGACAUAGAUGAUAACCCAACAGAUGAUUCCUCUCGGACCCUUGACACAAACGAUUGUGACAACUUGGUGCCAUUUACUAUUGGCAGUAGUGAAACAAACUUCCAAGAGGUUGUUGGCUUUGAUUCUAUAGAUAACGAAGACGAAGAUAUGGAAGAAUAUCUUGAAAAGUGCUGUUCAAGUGAACCAAUCCCUUUGUCUGUGAAUCCGUCUGGAGUAUUAGUUGAAGCUGAGUGUCAUGUGCAUUCUGAAAUGUCUGGCUCCCCUAUGGAGCUCCCUGAAGUACUUGGCAACGGUGUCCUACCUAAUGAGUCUGUAAUGUCAGAAAACUUGGAUAAACCUAUGGAUUUAUCAAGUGAUACUGCUGCUCAUAUAACAAAUGAGGAAUGGAAUUCUGUAGACAUUUCUAAAAGCAAUUCUGAUUUCCAAUCAGAGAACUUUGGACACGAUACUCUGUAUGUUGCUGAUUCAGAUUUACCUAAUAAUUCUGCAGAAAAUGGUUUUCCUUCUCCAACAUAUGUUAGUUCAGAAAGUUGUGAACCUAUUGAGAAUGGUUUCCCAAGUUCCCCUGUAGAAAAUGGUUUAAAUUCAUCAUUUACAGAAUGCCAUCAAUCUUCUACACUUGGCGCUCGACCUAAAGAACCCACUUUACCGAAAUUAGCACGGCCCAACAGCCUCUUAGGUUUGUCUAAAGUGUGUUUGGACACACCAUUCGCUGCUGCCACCGUUGCACACAUUUCAAGUCCUGUCUCUGAUGAAGACAAAUGUAAAGAUUCUGCAUCCAACGGCUUUCCUGAUGCCACAUCAGACACACCAGCGACAGGGAAUCAGAAAUCAAUAACUCAACAGCUAUUAAGUCCGCUUCAACACAAGUUGAACAAUAUGGACAUUAAACAACGCCUUGAAAAUGAUACUGAAAUCGAAAACAGUCCCAAAUCUCCUCAGCAUAACUGUGAUGUUGUUCAUUUAUUGCCUUGUGACAGUUUACAGAAAGAUGGCGCUGAAGAAAAUAUCAGCUCUGUAGAAGAGAAUAGUGAAAUUCGAGAAGACCAAAAAGAACUUGAUUUAAAUAAUCAACCAGAGACUUGUGUAGAUUCUAUACAUGUGUCUUCGACAGAGUCACAUUCUUCACUGUCAGACACAACCCUAUCACCAUCAGCUACAGUGUCAUCUGGGUCUGGAGCAGUACGACCCCAUUCUUGGAGCCCUUCAACCGGUGCUUCUGUUACUGCAUCUUCUUUGUUGAAAUCAAAGCGGCCUACCAGCCUAAAUUUGCCACAACGCAUCCGAGAAGUUAACACUCCAAAUGAUUGGUCAGGUGGAGUAAUGUCACAGACAUUUCCUAAUGACUCUGAUAAUUCUAGCAGUGGUUGGUGGAAUCAGAGUGGAAUUCAGCCAAUAUCAGAAGAAAAUGAAUCAGGGGUGGAGAAUGCUUCCCAAGAAUUGACGUCUUCCCCCACCACUUCACAGUCAAGUCUUAGCGGUGACGGCGGAGUAGAAAAUAGCGAGGAAGGAGAGUAUGACCGUUUCGAACAGAGUCAGUCACAGCAGUCAGAACCCAAACCACAGCAGCAGCAGCAACAACAGCAGCAACAGCAACAGCAGCAGCAACAGCUGCAGCUGCAGCUACACGACCAGGAAGUAUCAGAGGGGGAUAAGACGUCCCAUUCUCAGAUCGGUGCUGUUGCUCCUGUGUGGGUUCCAGAUGCAGAUGCCCCCAAUUGCAUGCAAUGUGAAGCCAAGUUUAGAUUCACAAAGCGCAGACAUCAUUGCAGGGCUUGUGGCAAAAGUAGAAGACACUGUGUGGGACUGAACCCACAAUCAUGUGGCUGGGAAGCAAACGUCUUACCACACAGCCACGCUUGUGCCUAUCUUAUUAAUUCUAUUCUAUUUAUUAUUUUUUUUUGCUGCUUUUUGUUCUAUUCCAUGCCAUUCUGUUUUGUUUUUCUCUCAGGAGAGCUGGCCCUUGAUAACCUUGUUAUAACCAAGUCUUGUUGUAAGGAAGACGUGAAAGCGGAGAACCGGUCUGGACGAAGUCCUAACCCUAAUAACCCCAGUGAGUACUGCUCCACCAUCCCACCAUUGCAACAAGCCAAUGCGCAUGUUCCAUUGCCGACCGUCAUGGUUCCAGUCGGUGUUCUCAAGAGAGAGGGAAGCCAGCGAAAGGGAGAGCCAAAACAAGUCAUAUUCUCAGAUGGUAUUCGACCUGGGGGUGAUCUAACUGAAGAAGCUGAUCACCCUCAAGAUUCCCGUUUACCCCCCAGGCGGACGGGACGAGUACAGAAGAAAGUAGAAAGGAUAACUCAGGGCAAUGAUCAAUCUAUAACUCCUCGCACACGCUGUUUGCGGUCAGCAAACAGCCCUCGAAAUAAAUGUCACAUCCCGGAAAAUGGAUUACCACCUGUUUUAUUGUCAAGUAGUGGGAAAGAUUAUGUGUUUGAUGAGAAUCCUGAUGUGGAGCAAAUUUUAACUAAAGUUAAAAGCGAUGAACAUGAACCUGUGAUAUUUUCAAUAAACAAUAACCUUUUUGUGAGUGUGAAAAUUGUACAGUUGGACUGUUGUGUAAAUCGGACCUGCUGGGCUUUCACUACUAAAGGCAUGUGUACAGUGGGGCAAGAUGAGAUAGUUAUUGUACUGGAAUGCUUUCAGGAUGAAAAAAUGAUUCCAAAAGAUAUAUUUUGGCAUUUUCAUACUGUUUAUGAAGAGGCUUAUAAAGGUAAUCCUGUAUCAGAUAUGGGUCACACAAUAUUCAACCAGAGUUUCCUGGGGAGCCGAGAUCAUGGUGGCUUCCUCUAUAUCAGACCAACCUUCCAGUGCCUACAGAAAAUAACUUUACCUAGUCCUCCUUAUCUUUUCGGUAUUCUUCUUCAGACUUGGGAAGCACCUUGGGCAAAAGUCUUCCCGAUUCGAUUACUUUUGAGGCUUGGUGCUGAAUAUAGAUAUUACCCCUGUCCCUUAAUCAGUGUCCGGAAUAGGAAGCCAGUGUUUUGUGAAAUUGGUCAUACAAUAAUGAAUCUCUUGGCUGACUUCCGCAACUACCAGUAUAUGUUACCUCAGAUUAAAGGGGUUACAAUACACAUGGAAGAUAAAAGGACUGUUAUUAACUUUCCUCGAAAUCGAUAUGAUGACUUAAUGAAAGUGGUAAUGAACAGUAACGAGCAUGUGAUGGCGUUGGCAGCUAACUUCAGUGCAGAGGCCGACUCACAUCUUGUAUGUAUUCAAAACGACGAUGGAAAUUACCAAACUCAAGCCAUCAACAUUCAGAACAAACCGAGGAAAGUGACAGGUGCUAGCUUUGUUGUUUUCAAUGGAGCUUUGAAGACGAGUUCUGGUUUAACAGCCAAGUCAUCAAUAGUAGAAGAUGGUUUAAUGGUUCAAAUUAGUCCAGAUUCUAUGGCUGCUCUGAAACAAUCUAUGAAGGAUAUGACGGCAUACACCAUUGGUUGUGGCAGUUUGGCUAACAGCAUUCCUGACGAAAUUGUUCUUGUACAUUGGGUAGAGGAUGACAAAAAUGUCAAUAUAGGGUUAUGUAGUGUCAUUGACAACAUGUCUUUGGACGGUGUGGAGAGUAUACACAUUCAUAACAGCCCUGAUUACAUUGGAGAAUGCAGAGCCAUCCGAUGGACGGAGGUCUUCUUGAUACAGAACGAGGAGUCAACUUCGUCACGUCUGGAGCCAGUUGACCUCAGCCGCUUGGCUGAAACACUUGCCCAAGCCUGCUGUAUUGCCCUCACGCCACAUUUAGACCGAUUGAAAGAGUCUUCCAUCUCUAAACUUGGUCUCCGAGUCAACAUCGAGUCAGAACGGGUUGGUUAUGAAAUUGGAUCAAAUGGUACCAAACUACCCGACUUCUACAUGAACGACCUUGAUAGUGAACUUAUUCCUGUGAUUCAUAAUGCCACUUCACACAGCCAAGAUGGACCUAUUAGCCUUGAAUUGAUUUUCCACAUCUUGGACUGACGACCUGCCACAGAAACUAUCAUUCUCUCAUCCAUCCAUAAUAUUUCUGAGAUCUUUGCCUCAACCGAGCUAUUCAACAUAGGUGCUGUUUUAAGACGAUAACACUUAACCUAUGCUCUCAGUUAUCCAAAGACAGCAACAGCAGCGACCAACCAAUUAAUCGGAGAGUUUCAACACACGAAAGAAUCACUCCUGUCCAAGAACAGCAACAUUGUAACAGUUCUUGCAUGUCUGCUUUUCUUCUCUUUAUCCCAAACAUCAACUAAACCAGUCACAUUUCUCUCAAUUAAGAAGAAUAGAUUUCAUCAUUGAUUUCACCUCUGUUUGCCACCAACCAGCUCUCUCUCUUGUUGGUUAAAGUUGUGUCAACUGACUCAUUCAUUGGUUUUUUUUUUUGUAUUCAUCAUGACCGUGUGUGUGUGUGCGUGCGUGCGUGUGCACGUGAGGAAUGACUGGUGUUUCUGCCUCAUGUUGGAGGGCCACCAAAUGACUGCUUUGUGAAUGUACCUUAACGUUUGUCACUCAAAGACAAUGACCAAGGAAACACUUUUAUUAUUGUUAUUCAUCACCAUCAUCAUUACCAUCAAAAUUAUAGUUAUUAUUAUUAUUAUUAUUAUUAUUAUUAUUGUUGUUGUUGUUGUUGUUGUUGUUUGUGUGUGCAUGUACAAGGGCAUGUGUAGAGACGGUUGUGUCUGUUGAUAUUUGACUGGAACCACUCCGAUAGCGUCUCAAGGGCUGAACUUGUUUCCAUUUCCUAAUAUUUUUGUAUUUAAAAAAAAAGAUUACAAAAAAAGAAUAAAAGAAAAUUAUUCACAAAUGCCUGCACAAAGACACAACAGACCUGGCGUACACUCACCGAACCACAGGCACUAAGACACACACAGCAAUACAAGAAUUCUGCAUUAAUAUUAUUAUUAUUAUUAUUAUUAUUAUUAUUAUUAUUAUUAUUAUUAUAUGUACGGUGGUGGAUUGGCAGGAUCAAUAGAGCAUUGGACCAAACGGCUGGCGAUAUUUGUUCCGGCUCUUUACAUUCUGAGUUCAAUUCCUGUUGAGGUCAACUUUACCCUUCAUCCUUUUGGAGAGGUCGAUAAAAUAAAGUACCAGUCAAGUACUUGUGUCAAUGUAAUUAACGAGCUGGCGGAAUCGUUAGCAUGUCAGAUGAAAUGCUUAGUGGCAUUUCUUCCUGUGCUGAGCUCAAACGCUGCCAAGGUCAACUUUGCCUUUCCUCGUUUUGGGGGUCGAUAAAAUAGAGUACCAGUCACAUACUGGAGUUGAUCUAAUCAACUUGUCCCUCCCCCCACUCCACAAAAUUGCUGGCCUUGUGCCAAAAUUUGAAAUUUAUUAUUAUUAUUAUUUUAUUUCCUUUGCUUUUAACUUUAUUUAAUACAAAAAUAAAAAAAACAUUCAAACAGGAA